AUGGCUCUGAUAUCCCUUAACGUUGUAUCUAAGGGCAAUAUUGCGCACUUGCCAACAACUAGUACAGAUACCGUUCAGCACUGCGCGGCGCCUCAAACUAAUGCAGACGCUCGUUAUUGGCUCCCUGGUCCUCCCCCGCGUCGAAGAAUCAAGGAAUUGAGGCCCCCAGAAAAUCUUCCUUGCAUCAAACAUCAUCUAAAGAUCCCGGUCCGAAAAGUUAAUCUUUGGUCAUUCCAAAACCGAACCAGUACAACCCUGGCGCCUUACUUCGAUGUGCGCAAGGCUACUAGCAGUCUUGAUGGUAAUACUCUGAGCACAACACAGCGCUACCUCUUUCAUGGCUGCGCGAACGAAAUAAGCCCAGCUUUAUUAGAAUCUUUCUCAAGAUAUGGGCCUUCGAUCUACUUUUCGCGGCCCCAGAGCUACUUCUCUCGCACCCCCGGCGUUUAUUGGACGGAAUCUCUAGACUUUGCGUUUGCCUGGUGCGUUUUCAGUGAGACUGGUCACUGGGAACCUAAGCUAUCGCCCGAGACAACGCCAUUCGAAUGUCUGAUCUAUGUUUCGAGAGUGGAGCAAAACAUCCUAAUUGACGAGUCCCAUUGCUACAUGGUUCCCACUCCCUCCAACUAUGACGAAGAACAGCAGCUUGUGGAAUGGUGUGAUUCAAACAUGUCAAAAUCAGCGGAGCCAGACCGUGUGCCACCGCCAUACUCCAAUCGAUCAGACUGGCCUUUGAUAGGAAGCAGAAUACCACAGCAUACUAUGGACUCAUUAGCCUCUUUCAACGUCCGCGAGUUUCCGGCAUUGGGUACAACACGCGUCCAAGAUAUCGUCAUGUACGCAGCUUGUGACGAGAAGAUGAGUUAUAGAUUAGCUUCGGCCGGUGUCGAGAUCUUACACCUCGUUUCUCUACCACCAUCUAGUCAUCGGGCGAUGUUGUAG